AAUCUGGUCAAGUUGUAAAAUCAUCAUGGCGGCAUGAGGAAUCUACAGAGAGGAACCCUUUGGUUGUUGAGGAAAACUUUUUGCACUCUUAUCUUCAUGCGAUCUUCAUGAACGUGUCUGGAAGUAUAUACAAUGAGAAUUGGUGCAUUAGCAGUACAGGAGCUUGAAGACGAGCCACCUCUUGUUCAAGCAUGUUUCCACGGUGACCCAGAUGAAGUGCGAGCUCUUCUUUACAAAAGAGAGGAUGUUAAUUACCAAAUGGUGAGCCUGUUGAUCGACAAAGGUGCUACCAUCAAUGCCUAUGACAAAAAGGACCGGCGGGCCAUCCACUGGGCUGCAUACAUGGGCCAUGUGGAGGUGGUCAAGAUUCUGGUGGAUCACGGUGCCGAGCUCAACUGCAGGGACAAAAUGAUGUUCACACCUCUGCACACUGCCGCGGCUAGCGGCCAGAUUUCUGUUGUUCGGCUUUUACUCGAGUUGGGGGUCGAGGUGGAUGCAGUCAAUAUCCACGGCAACACGCCUCUACACAUUGCAUGUCUCAAUGGACAGGAUGUAGUGGUCAGCAAGUUGUUAGAGUAUUCGGCAGCAGUGAACUCCAUCAAUAAUAAGGGCAUGACACCUCUUCAUUUCGCUUCUGCAUCCACACAUGGGAGCAUAUGUCUGGAAAUUCUUGUAUCUGAAGGAGCAAAUACCAAAGCUCAGAGUGAAGAUGGACGCUCAGCUCUCCAUAUGACUGCCCUGCAUGGUAGAUUUACCCGCGCUCAGAGCUUAAUUGAGCAUGGUUGUCUUGUAAACACGUGUGAUCGGCUAGGGAACACGCCUUUGCACGUGGCAGCACGCUACGGCCAUGAACUGCUCAUCAACACUCUGCUUGAACACAGGGCUGACCCGAUUCAACGAGGUUACAUGGGAAUGUUGCCCAUCCAUGUUGCCGCCCUCAAUGGCUAUGUUGACUGUGUAAAUAAACUUAGAUCAUCUAUGCCUGCCUUUGAUAUCAACAUCCCCGAUGAUGCUCGGAGAACCUGUCUACAUGGAGCAGCUUGUAGUGGGAAGGUUGAAUGUGUUGAAUACUUGUUGAAUGAGGGAGGCAACCUGUCUCUACAAGACGCUGAUGGAAGGACUCCUCUACACUAUGCAGCCGCCCAUUGCCACUUUCAGAAUGUCCUCAUUUUGCUAACAGCCGGGAGUGAUGUGAAUGUGACCGACCGCCGAGGGUGCACUCCCCUACACUAUGCUGCCUCAAAUGACAUUGAUGCUAAGGUGGUGGAACUCUUGCUACACCACGACGCUCGCCCGGGCAUCCGAGAUGAUGAUGGCUACAACGCAGUUCACUAUGCAGCCCUCAAAGGGCACAAACUCUCCUUGGAAAUGCUUUUAGAUGCAGCUCCCACAGACCUCCUGCGCAGUGGUGCGGCAUACACACCAGGACAUCUAGCUGCAUACAACGGCCAUAAUGAAGCCUUGCUGGUGCUGCUGGGAUAUAUGAUGAAUGUGGAUGUUAAGGACAGCAAUGGCCGCACUAUGCUGGACCUGGCAUGUUUCCGAGGACACACGGAGUGCGUGGAGACGCUGCUCACCCAGAAUGCAAAGAUUCUCGUCCAUGACAGCAUUACUAGGAGGACACCGCUCCAUGCUGCAGCUCAAAAUGGCCACACCAAAUCACUGAAUUUGUUAUUGGAGACAGCAGAUGAUGGGAACAUUGUGGACUGUACAGAUCUUUAUGACAGAACACCCCUCAUGCUGGCUGUGGAACAGGGUCAUGUGGAGAGCACAGUGUACCUAAUCAGAAACAACGCCAUAGUUAAUGCCAGGGACACUGAUGGCAGGACCGCUCUUCACAGAGGGGCAGCAAAUGGUCACGAGGACUGUAUAGACGAGUUGAUACGACACGGAGCUGACCUCACGCUGCGAGACAACCGGGGCAGGACAGCUGUGCACAUGUCGGCUAUGUGUGGUCACAUGGCUUUGCUCAGCUACCUGUUGGCUGCAGGCCCGAUGGACCGCUUAGAAGACAACAGGGGCUACACACCGCUGCAUUUUAGUUGUUACAAUGGACAUGACAGCUGUGUGGAAGUGCUCUUGGAGAAGGAGGAGCUAAAGAAAUUUUCAGGGAACCGCUUCUCCCCCCUACAUUGUGCUGUGAUAAAUGGGAACGACAGUUGUACAGAGCUGUUGAUCGACUGUCUGGGUGACGGCAUCAUCAACGGCCAGGACAGUAAGGGCCGAACGGCCCUCCACUCAGCCGCCUUCUCUGACCAGGGAGAGUCAAUGCAGAUCUUACUGGGUCACAAAGCCAAUGUGAACAUCGUAGACAGCUUGGGGAAAACACCUGUUAUGUAUGCUGCUGCCAAUGGCCAUGUGGCUGCCGUUGAACUGUUGCUGGAGCACGGGGCCGACCUGACGUCUUCAGACCAGGACAGGAACACGGCCUUGCAUCACGCUUGUUUCCAUAAUCGAGAAGACAUUGCGUUGUUACUGUUAGACAAGAUUGAUGAUUCCAUCACCAUAAACAUGGCCAAUGCAGAGCUCAGAACACCUCUCCACAUCGCAGCAAGAAACGGGCUGGUUCCGGUUGUUCAAGAUCUCAUUGGCAAAGGGGGAAGUGUUCUUGCCCUGGAUGAAAAUGGUUACACCCCAGCCUUGUCCUGUGCUCCAUCUCCACGCGUCGCAGACUGCCUCGCCAUCAUUCUUGCCCACAUGCCUUUUGCUGCCACGCCGAACCAUGUCAACUCAAAGUCCUCGCGCUUUAUCUCCAACACUCAGGCAUACGUCUUAACCAAAACCAUGGACGGUCCAGAGACGUACCAACAGGAAGGUCCAGUGGACAGCAACCAGGACCAGAAGGAACAUUCUGGCUCUGUCCAGAGUUCCGACUCGGAAUUCUACUGACCACUGCCUUCCUAUCACAAAGUUCCUUCCCAUGAAAACCCUGCCUUGGAGUUGAGUGAAGUGACAACCCGACAUACUACUAUCGUUUGUCUUUUGCAGCAAUUUGUGAAAAGCUGAGCCUGAGGGUGUGGUGUGUGUGGAUUUUAACAAAGCAAACAGUAUCUUAAUUCUUGGGGUGUAUGAAAAUGUGAGACUCUAAGCAUGAUCAAAGUUCAAAGUUGAAGAGAAAGAGAUGGUGAUGUUCUUUUGGUUGAUUUUUGUGUUUGAGUGUAAUUGUCCAAGAAUGGGUCAAUGAAACUGUUGUUCUCACUCUCAGAUGUUUUCCCCUCUUAACCUUUUUGUAUUUUUUCACUUCCAAGAUCAAGAGAACAGGCAGAUUUUCACAUUUACUUGUCUUGUCCAAAUGAUAUUGAAGUUAGAUUUUUUAAUGGAAAUAUCUACGGGUCUGGUCUCCUUUUGCUGUUUUUUUUUUCUGGGUUUUUGAGUAUUCCACUUUUUUCAUUUUAAAAUAUAAUCGUCAUUCAUACUAUAUAUAGUCACUUCUUUAGGCAAAUGUGCAUAUUCAAAUCCAUUUUCAACCUUCGCAUUCAUUUUUAUCACCCCACAUAAAGUGCUGCCAUCUUGAAACUUGAGAUGUUCAAGCAUUGUUUGUGCACUUUAGUUUCAAGAUGGAAAAAAUAAUUUAGUCUUAGAGUUCAGCUCACCAUUGGUUUGUCAAAUAACUAAUUUUUCUGAACUCAACUUUAAUCUUUUCUGAACUCAAUUUUAAUCAUUUCUGAAGUCCCAUUCUCCAAAGGAAUGCAUAAUUUCAGCAGUGUUUCGUCUUGGCUUUGGAAAUGGCAUAUAUCGUCAACAUGCUUCAAUAAUGACCUGUCAUUUGUUGUAGUAUUGAGUAUGUUUGGGGGGGGGGGGGGAUGGUCCAAAUUUCGUUUUUACCUGUCUUUAAAUAUAAUGGUUUCUUUUCAUUAGUCAGAAAUUUGUUGAUGCUUCUAGUUUUAUGAUAUGGUUGCAGGUAAUUUUACAUGGAAGUUGGUGAGACUUAUGCCAAGAUCUGACUUAGGCCAUUAUCUUAGCAUGUCGGCGAUAUACUUAUUGUACUUAAUUAUAAAGGUAACCAGAAAUGUUGUUUGCAUUUCAUUUCAUUCUGAAGAUCUAAUGAAUUUUAUAAGCUUCUGAUUUUUGUGGCUGUUAGGAAUUAGGCUGCAGCUCUGUCCGUCCUCCUUGUCAUUUUGUCAAUGUGUCGUUUUGAUGUGGGGAGUCUUAUAGGUGGCUCCUUGCUGCUGUUCUUCCAGUGAGUGGGUGUAUGGAGGGUGUUACUUCUAGGUCCUACGUCAUUACGUUCUUUCAGUUCAUUAGCCUGGCUUACACUCCUAGUGCUAAAUGGCAGUUAUAUCAAUGUACUUCUCUUUAAUUUAACCAUACUAAACCUUCAGUGAAACAGAGUAUUUUUAGUAAUGCUGAAUCUCAAUGUUUGCGGGUGGCAUUGGGGGCCUGAAGACAAGAUAUUCUGAGAAAGUCUGCCUUUUAAAGUGAUCACAGCUACAGAGAAGACAAAUCUAAGCCAGGAUAUCUUCUGUAGAGUUUCCCUCAUCAUCAGAUUCCAGUGGAAGUAUAACAAGUAUUUUGUGUUGCUUGAAGUUUUUGUAUUUGUCAGAGGAACAUAGCAGAGUACAUCAACAUUUGUGAACAAUUACUGUAUUGUAAUGGUCCGGCAUUUUGCUUUGCACACUAAAAACAUGGAGUUCACUUUCUUAGUGGGGGAAGUUAUUUUAAACACCCCUCUGCUAGGAUUCGGUCUCUAUUUGGCUUUGCCCAGAUUGAUCGUGCUAAGCUGGGUCAAAGCAGCCUGCCACCUUAGUGAUCUAAUACAUGUUGGUGGCGGAGUAUGUUUUACAAUCAAAUUACACUUGGGUUUCUGUAGAGAAGUUCCCAAAGAAAUGGUAAUGAUCUAUUCAUAGGUCUUUUAUUGAGCCGCCUUUUGUGCGUGUGCAAAUAUUUUUAUCUUUACUCUUUGACGGCCAGGGUAAAAUGGUUUGGGACCAAUGUGCAUUCAUCGGUCUUUCUGAUGGCAUUUUUGUGACUCUUGUUUUGUUUUGGUUUAUUGGUAGUGGUGUGUGUGUGUGUGUGUGUGUAUGUCCAUGCGUGUAUGUCUUUACAUGUGUGUGCGGCCUUUUCUGUCUCACAAAGACAUGUCACCCUGACCUGUUUAUAUUCAUUUGUAAUCAAGACUGGGUUUUUGUUUUUGUUUUUGUAUUUCUUUGGACUUUAAGAACAUUUCCAAGUUUCAUUUCUGUUAAAAUAAUACUGUCUGAGUCGUUGUUGCACCCUUCGACUUUGAGGCGAAAAUAUUGUCUUUCUUCGACUGUAGCCUUCACCAAGGCCUGAAGUAUUACAUCAUCACUUGGGAUGAAGUGCAGAUGUUAACACUGCUAGUGUCCAAAGUUUUAUGUCUGCCUUCCUGGGCUUUUGGACACAUUGAGGGCUCUGACUUGGGGGAUUGGGUGGGGGGGGG